CAACAGAAAACGCGCAAGUGAAAAAUUAUAAAAUUUAAGUUUAUUAAAAACAAAGAAAUUAAAAGGAAGUGAGAUUAUUUGAAAAUAAUAAUAAAACUGAAAACUACUUUGUGGAUUAACUGGUGAAAAAACUAUAAACCACACGAUUGCAUCAAAUAACUUCACCAAAAUGUCGCAACCAAAAAAACAAAAGCUUGACAGCACGUUGAUGGCCAUAUUAACAAAAAUAGAAUCUAUUCAAGAAGAUGUUAAAGAAAUUAAAAGUCAUAUACUUCAAAACAAUAACAAUGAUUCUACGCAGCAAAAUCUCCUUUUAGACAAACUGUCAAAUCAAAAUAUUAAUGUGAGUAACAUUUUGGCAGAACAAACAGUUGCACUUAAGUCUACUAUUACAUCACUUUGGCAAAACCCAAAACAUCUUCAGCGUUUUCCAGUAGGCUCCGAAGAUGAAUUGAAGGAGUGGGAAAAUGCCAUUGACAAUGAUAACAAAUGUGGAAUGAUUCAUGCAGUUAAAUGUUUGCUGGGAAAAGGAGGUAUAAGAAAAAAUUUAAAAUUAAUUUUAAGCCCACACUUAAUCCUCAGUUAUAAUCUUCACGGAACUCACAACAAGAAGAGACUGUAUAGUUACAACAAAGUAAUGGAUGUUCUCUUGCGUUCUACUGUGAAUCCAAAUGACUCUCAUUCGUUUGAGAGUGACAUGCGAAAAGCCAUCAAAGACAUUAAAAACCGUUACUUCAAAGAUCAGUGCGUUAAAAAAAAGGAACAAAAUACUGCCAAAGAUAUCCCAACAAAUUAAUAAAUUUAUAUUUAAAUUCAUUUAUAAUUAAUGUUUAUCAGAUAUUUUGUGUAGCACAUUUUUAUU